GGCUACAUUCAAUGGUAAUGGCAUGCAGUCUUGUGACGCUUGGUGCUGCUGUGCAUCGUCAAGAAUAUAUUGGAUUGAAUUCUUAAGAAUGGGGUUCCUGAAUUCCUGGGACAGCACUGUAUAUGAGCAAUAGAAAUCAGAGGAUAAGAUAAUGCACAGUCUCUGGAGUUCAUUCACAUCGUGAUUUUUGAAGGAGAAUGGCACUGAAAUUGGAAAGAAAACGUAUCAAGAAAGAAAUUGAAAAAUUAUUGAGAAACUACAUUGGCACCAGACUUCAUGAAAACAACUUCGAUCCCAAGGGAAAAAUGGAGUCAACUUACUUCACUGAUCUGGCACAUUAUGAGCUGGCUAUCAAUGUUGCUUUGCUUUGGUUAACUGAUGAGGAAGACUGGGAAGUUCCUGAAAAUGAAAAAGUGACUAUUUCAAGUUGUGCUCUUUCUAAAUACCCAAAUAAAAUGGAAAGAGAAGCAAUGAUCCUUUCUUCUUUCGCUGGAACUUUAAUGAACAAUAUGCCACUAGAAGACAUUCUUGAACUUUACAGAUUUAGGCCCUCAAUGUCUCCAUUCUGUAAGAGAGCAAAGGGACAUGUUCAACCAUCCAUUUUGUCCAUGCAUCCUUCUGCAAUGCUGACUGCAGCCUGUGCAGCAGAACAUGCUAGAAAAUUGAGUAUAAAACUGAAAGUCAAGAAAAUUGCCUCAAAGCAGGACUCCCUGAGUCCCUCUACUACAAGUCGACCUGCUGGCCAGCUACAGGACAAUUAUAGUGUGUUUCAAGAGAAUUCAGUAUGUACGGUCAAUACAAAGACUUUUAAGGAACAGUUGUAUGGGAAACGAGUAGCCGUCCUGGAGAAGACAAUGGAAUAGAAGAAACAGGAUGCUAAGCAGAGUUUGAGGAAGUAAACGAUUGAUUUUCCAUCACAUGUAAAAGCAAAAAGAAAAAGUUAAACUUCAAGAUUUUACUCUUGAUUAAUUUUUUUGGAGUUAGAAGCAAUUUAAAAUUGCACGUGAACAUAUAAGGAAAACAACUUGUUCUUUUAACCCUUCUCUUAUUUAUGUUGUUGCUUCUAAAAUAUUUUAUUGAGCUCCAAAUAUUCUUUGAUAUUAUUGAAGCAGUCUUGAAGCCAUAGGUAUGGAAGAUGGAGAACUGUGUAGUCUUAGAUGUGCGAGAUAACAAAGUGAGUAGACAACGUGUGUAAAAUUGGUGGUGUGUAGUCAAGCUGUAACAGUGCAGUUACAGCACUGGCAUCUGUCCAAUGAUGUGGAAAGUUGCUCAGAUAUGUCCUAUUAACAAAAGAGCAGGACAAAUCCAACCCAGUUUGUCAUUGCCCAGUCAGUCUGCUAUCAGUCUUUGUUCUGCAUUUGCCUGGAAGGGUACAACUCUAACAAUACUGAAGAAGCACAAUACCAUCCAGGAGAUGUCAAUCACUAUUGUAGAUCUUCUCUACCACCAACCACAGUGGUUGCAGGGCCCACCAUCUACAAAAUGCAUUGGUGUUACCUAACCAAGUUACUCCAGUGGCACCUCCCAAACCAGUGAUCUUUGCACCAAGAGAGACACGGGCAGCAAGCGAUAGAAAUGACACCACCAGUGGGCUCCCCACCAAGUCACAGACCAUCUUAACAUGGAAGUACAUCGCCAUUUCUUCAUCAUCACUGGGUUUAAAUCCUGGAAC